CGCUGUUGGUCAGUGUUUCUGUAUAACAGACGCUAGUUUUUAGAUCCUCCUCCACUUUCUGACAUCACAUUCUGCAGAAUCUCUUUCAUUCAGACGGUCUCCUCUUUACACUAAAGCAUCUAAAGAUCCUUUUCCUUGUGUUUUCGAAUGAAGUUUAAUGUUUUUCAAGCCUUGGGAACCUUUUGUUCUUCGACUAUUCUUCUGUAGUGGAACUAAAAUUUUGGAUUAUGUCGGUUCUUUGUUUUAACGUCCAAAGAGGCGCAUCUUCGAUGCGGAUUUCAUCAUGGCUAAUGCAGCCUCUCGUGCUGUUAGUCUUUGUCAUGGCCGUUGCGCGCGGGCAGGUCCGUUAUUCUAUUCCAGAGGAGAUGACAAAGGGCUCGCUGGUGGGAAAUAUCGUUCAGGAUCUCGGUUUGGAUGUAAAGAGGCUGAAAUCUGGUCGAGCGCGGAUCUUUACAGAGGACAGUCGUGAGUACAUCGGUCUAAAUGUGGAUAAAGGGACUCUGGUUGUGAAAGAGAGGAUAGAUAGAGAGGAGCUGUGCGCCCAAGUGUCUCCCUGUUCCUUACAUUUUCAGAUCAUUCUAGAAAAUCCCAUGGAGCUGCAUAGAAUUGAUGUGGAAAUAUUAGAUAUCAAUGAUCAUGCUCCAGUUUUCAAGAAAAAGGAGAUUACUUUUCAAAUUAGCGAAUCUGCUUUGUCUGGGGCUCGAUACUCUAUUGAUAGUGCAAAAGAUCCAGAUGUAGGUCUAAAUUCACUUCAGAUGUAUAAAUUGAAUCCAAACGACCAUUUUGUGCUCAAAACGUUGUCUCACACCGACGGCACUAAAUAUGUCGAAAUGGUCUUGCAGACACCAUUAGACAGAGAAAAACAGGAAGAGUAUAAUCUGAUUUUAACCGCAUUUGACGGUGGAACCCCCCAGAAAACUGGAACCUUGAAAAUUAAUGUUAUUGUUUUGGAUGCAAAUGACAAUGCGCCUGUUUUUAGUCAGUCUGUAUAUACAGCACUUGUCGCUGAAAAUGCGCCGAUGGGAUCGUUCGUCUUAAAGGUUAGUGCAACUGAUGCAGAUCAAGGAACAAAUAAACAAGUGUCAUAUUCAUUCUCGGAAAGCAGCGACAGUAUCGUAGAUACAUUCAAUAUUGAUUCAACAAAUGGCGAUAUUACUGUUAUUGGCCAUCUAGACUUUGAAAAAUCAAAGAAAUACGAACUGAAUGUGGUGGCGACAGACAAUGGUGGGUUAACAGAUACUGCUAAAGUGAUGCUGGAAAUUACAGACGUUAAUGACAAUGCUCCUAUGAUUAAUUUAAUAUCUUUUUCAAACCCUUUGCCAGAAAAUUCAGCUCUUGAGACUGUAAUAGCGAUGCUGAAUGUCAAAGAUUUAGAUUCAGGGAAAAAUGGACAGGUGAUGUGUUUAAUUAAUCCUAGUUUACCAUUCCGAAUCAGACGAUCGUCCUCAAAUUUCUACAGUCUGAUUACUGAUCAGCUUUUAGACCGUGAAAAAAUGUCUGAAUAUAAUAUCACAAUAACAGCUGUUGAUGAGGGCUCGCCAUCUUUCUCUGCUAAUAAAACCUUGACUCUGAAAAUCUCUGAUGUCAAUGACAACGCCCCUGUGUUUCAGAGUCAGUCAUACACCGCAUAUGUGAUGGAAAAUAAUUCGCCCGGAGUCUCUGUUUUAUCUGUUAAAGCGCAUGACAAAGACUCUGGCAAUAACGCGCGUAUUUCAUAUUUUCUAGAGGAUAUUGUCGUGAAUGGCGUCUCUGCCUCGACGUUUAUUUCAGUGAAUGCAGAGAGCGGAGAGAUUCUUGCUGUUCGUUCGUUUGAUUAUGAGCAAACAAAAGAAUUUAACAUUCGCGUAAAAGCGCAGGACGGAGGAAAUCCUCCUCUCAGCAGCAACGUGAGCGUGAAAAUAAUCAUUCAGGACCAGAAUGACAACGCGCCUCAGGUUCUGUAUCCGGUCCAGUCAGGUGCUUCUGUGGUGGCUGAAAUAGUGCCUCGUUCGGCAGAUGUGGGUUAUCUGGUGACUAAAGUGGUGGCUGUUGAUGUGGACUCUGGACAGAAUGCCUGGCUCUCAUAUAAACUGCAGAAAGCCACAGACAGGGCGCUGUUUGAAGUGGGCUUACAGAAUGGAGAAAUAAGAACUGUACGCCAAGUGACAGAUAAAGAUGCUGUCAAACAAAGACUCACUGUUGUAGUGGAGGACAACGGGCAGCCCUCUCGAUCAGCUACUGUCAAUGUUAACGUGGCGGUGGCGGACAGCUUCCCUGAAGUGCUCUCGGAGUUCACUGACUUUACGCACGACAAGGACUACAACGACAACCUGACUUUCUAUCUGGUCUUGGCCUUGGCUGUAGUUUCGUUUCUCUUUAUCGUGUCUAUCAUUGCCAUACUGUCAGUCAAAUGCUACAGAUGGAGACGCGAGCGGAUGUUUUACAAAUCUGGAGCGAAUCUUCCAGUUAUUCCGUAUUAUCCGCCUCUUUACGCAGACGUAGGGGACAGGAACUUUACAGCACGUGUACAAUUAUGAGGUUUGCAGAACCACUGACUCCAGAAAGAGUGAUCUGAAAUACGGCAGACCUUGCAGUGAGAGCAUCAUUAGUCUGGACACCAGCGGAACACAAACACUCACGCAUGCGCAGAGAGGAAAACUGAAUAAUGAGGAUUCUUUU